CGGGGGCUAGAAACUUGAGAUUGAUAUAUGAUACCAGAUUGGGCACCCUUGAGCGACUUUCACACGCCCUCCGGAUUGUUUUCUAUCCAAUGCCUUGCCCAUGCGGAUAUCCUGUCGACGUUGCUGUCAAUCUCCUCUGUGGUAUCGCUCCGUAGCUCAAUUACAGUUUCCUCGUCGUAUGCCUCCCUGGCCUCUUCGAGGAUGACCUGCAUGAUCUCGGCAUCGAGAUUCUCUUGGAGUUUCUUGUCUGCAGAAGCCAUCAGCCACCGUUCGGACAAAACCCCUCGGGUGUAAUAGAUCGGGGCAAGAAGUCUAUUUUUUGCAGGGUUACAAACCCGGAUAGUUCCUGCGUCCCAAAGAUAUAAUACGUCAGCAUGCAGCCAAUCAGCUACUAGCAGUAAACCACCAGUACCGAAAGUGAGAGGUGAGAGAGACACCCACCGUUUCUCCAAUCGGUCAUAUAGAAUAGUCGAAUCCGCACGUAGCACAACGACAAGAUCUAUCCAGCUCUCCGGGAACAAAUCACAUACGUGCCAAUCAAUGAUGCAUCCGCCCUCCUUGGCCUCGUUCUCGAUUUCGUCCAGAAGCUGAACAGCCAACCGGGCCCCCCAUUAUCUUUAGCAUCGGGAGAGCACGGAUAUCUGGAACGAACGAAAAAGAAAAAAAAAGGGGGAAGGGAAAAAAAAGACAAGCCAGAAAAACAAACCUUAUCUUCGUCGACGAUGUGGCUUUUUAGUUCGUCGUCAUAACCAUCAUAGCAGUUACGCUCCUUGACAAUAUUGUUGAUGGAGAGGUGUCUGAGGCCCAGUUCUGUGGUUUGCACCAGGAGCUCACAGUGGCAAGAUUUACCUGGGUUGGAUUGAGACAGCGUUAGGAAUGGUUUCUCAGAAAAUUGGGUGGACGGCGGUGGAAACGGAGGUUUCCCCCCCCCGCAUCUGUUAAUAGAACUGGACGGGGAGGGGAGGGAGGGAUAGUGAGUGGUAAGGAAUGUCAGAUGCGAGAUGUGCUGUAAGCUCGCUGCAACGUACCGACGCCGGGGGUGCCGGUGAUUAUGAUGUUUGGCCUUGUGCGAGGCAUUUUGGGGUGG